CUGUCGAGUUUUGUCGGUCAUUCGUUGUGUCGUUCGCGCGCGUUGCACCGACCAGAGCGUUUCGUUUGGCAUUUUGCCUGAUAUUGGUAUUUUGCAUUCGAACGGUUUGUUUAUAAAAACUGAUAAAAACGUGCAUCGAUUAUUAGCUUGAUAGUCGGGUACAGUUUAUCGAACACAUUUUCAUGUAGUACAAGGAUUUAAUAACCGUGUACGCGAUAGUGGAAUCUGAAAUAAACAAGAAACGGUUUAACACCGCUGUGAGCUUCUGAGCUUCGUGUUCCAAAAAAAAAUCCUGCGAAUUACUCAAAAAUCGCCCAGACGCCAGUCAGACAGCUUGUUUGUUUACUUUUUUGUUUUUUUUUUAGUUUCGUUUCUUUUUUUUUUCGUUCGCGAGUGAUAUACGUAAGUGAACAUAACAUAGAGAAGUUGCAAAAACCGAUCGAAAAUGUGUCCUGACUCUACAGAGGUCACGGAUCAAGUGUAGACUACACAAGUUCUUGUGAAAAUCUUUAUUCUGAAAAGAAAACGUAAAAUAAAAAACAAAGCAAAAUAACAAAAAUUCAUAUCCAGCGUUAAAACGACGAUCGAGGAGGAAACAUGGAAGUCAACAUCGAGAGGGAGUGCAGCGCGCUGGGCGGCCUCUUUCAACAAAUCAUCGUCGAUAUGAAGAACGGCACACCUCUCUGGGAAGAUCUGAUAUCGAAAGCUACGAAGUUGCACACGUGUUUGAGAGCUGCGAUUCUGGCAAUCUCCGCCUACUUGGAAGCAUUUCAAAAAAUUGCAGAUGCAGCCACCAGUGCCCGAGGGGCUACCAAAGAAAUUGGAACUGCUUUAACGAGAAUAUGUUUGCGUCACAAAGCUGUCGAAGCUCGUAUGAAAACUUUCACAAGUGCCAUCAUGGACUGCCUCGUUAUGCCGCUACAGGAAAAACUCGAAGAUUGGAAGAAAUCACUCGUCAAUUUGGACAAGGAACAUGCCAAAGAAUACAAAAGGGCGAAAACAGAACUGAAAAAACGAUCGACGGACACCUUGAGAUUACAAAAGAAGAAGGCUCGUAAAAUUCAGGGUCAAGGUCAAGGACAAUGUACAGGAGGAGAUUUGGAAUUAUGUAAACUUUUGGAAUCAUCAGCUGCGGUGGUCAGAGAAAAAAGACUUGGAUUAGAAGAAACUGAAAGAAAAGCUGUGCGAGCUGCGCUCGUUGAGGAACGUGGACGAUUUUGUUUACUAGCCAGAUUUCUUAAGCCGGUAUUAGACGAGGAAAUUGCUAUGUUAAUGGAGCUAACACACCUUCAGGAAGUGUCGGAUCAACUACAGAGGCACACCGCAUCCCCAAAUCAUCUGCCACCUGCUUCUGAACAGGUGAUCACGGAUAUCAAGGGAUGCGAUACUACACAGUGGUCGUUGACCACACCUCCUUCGAGUCCCUCCCUAUCUUUAGGGUCGAGGAAAAGUUCCAUGUGCUCCAUAAGCUCACUCAACAGCAGCAGCAGUGGUUCGUGCAAAAGUCAUCCGAGUCCGUCUGGCCAUCCGUGGCACAGGUCUCUGUCUCAGCCUGUUGGUGUAUCUAUAAGGCCAAUCAGCACAAGUGGGAUGGUUACGUUGCGCCACUUGACUAGCGGGAGUUCACGAGAUUCCGGGUUCACUUCUCAAGACACUCUUUAUGCCCAGCCUAUUAGCGAACAUCAGGUAUCGAAUGUAUCGUCACACAGUAAUCAGAGUACAGGAUCUACCACCAUGAGGCCCGUUACUACUUCCACAUGGCCCGAUUUACAAGAGUCAUCUAUUCAAUUCGACAGACAGGGUCAAAAUACGAUUAACGAACGACCGCAUACCAUAUCUUCUGCAUACGAGAAAGGUCAUCAUCAACGGCCAGCGCUGAGCGUCUACACGUUUCAAGCACCGGAAGGUACUGGUACUGGGUCAAGUUGUUGCCACAGUCAACCGGCGUCUCCAGUUUCUUCGUCUUCUUCAUGUUCUUCGUCGAACCAACAGCAAACUCAUCUGCAAAACCAACAACAAACUCAUGUACAAAAUCAACAGAAUCGUGUUCAACUACGAAAUAACAGACCUCCGAUCCCAAGUCGGUGUUCUAGCCUCGAGCGACCGAUCGUUCCGGCUAAAAAUGAUCCUCCUGGGAGUCCUAGAGGAAAACCUAAACUUCCGAUACCGGCACACCUCGCUAAAGAAUUACCUGCACAUCAGCUACAACAACCGAUGUAUGUAAACAUGCACGAAUUGGCUAGUCUGGCUGCUAGUCGGGCACAAGAAAUGCAACAACUUCCACCUCCGCCACCACCAGCUUCCACCGCUCAUACAGAUAAAACCGAUGCUUCAGAAAAAGACGGUGGCAGUUUGACUUCCGAAUCUAGCCUGGAAUCUAGUAGCGGUUAUGGUAGUCAGACAACUCUUCCUCAUGUUCAACCUCAAUCGCAAAUUUCAUGCCAAGGAGUUGACGAUGAAAAUUCCAUGAAUCAACAAGAGAAAGUGGCCAUAGAUCCCGAGGAGAAUGCUGCUUCUCAAUGCACUCUGCGACGUCAAGAAAUGACUAAAACGUCACGUCGUCCAUUGUCUAUGAGUGCUGCCUAUUCUACUGGUUUGGGUUUAACGAGACAGCAAAACCAAAACCAAAAUCAGAUGAAAAGUGCUACUUUAUUACCGCGUAGAGGAUCUAUGCAACAAGCUGUAAGACCAGCGCCACCGGUCAGACGUACAUCUACGAUUAUUGGCGGUACGUUUAACCCACUGAUUAACAACCCCAGCACAUUCAACAGCGAUGACAAUAAUAAGAAAGAUGGAAUCAAAGAUGACGCACGUGACGAAGCUGAUAAUCUGCCGCCACCGCCAGCUUUCUUACUGGAAAGCACUUCCCCAACGCCAACGCCCACUCCGCAGCGAUCCAUCUCUGUAUCAGAGACUGUUCGGACACUGACUGAGCUCCGUCACACACCAGCGAGUCCAUCUUUCCUACGUAAGCUCGCUAAUUCUCAACAAAAUAAUAAUUCGGUAACAACCACCGUUGCCUCUACUACAGCAACUACCAAUACAUUGAUAAGGCGAACCCAAAGUAUAGAUCGCACAAGUACAAUACGUUCGCAUUCUCAAGAUCGUAGCUCCUUAUCAACAACGGUGGGCCAGCAGGCUUACAGCCAAGGAGGGGGUCAAGGUCCCGGGGGAGUUGGGCAAGGAUUUAUGGCUGUACUUAGUGCUAAACUAGUCCCAUCCUCUCUUUUGUCUAACAACGUUACCGGUAGCACAAAUACUAACGUUAACAGUGGAAGUCCAAAAUCAUCGCGGCGACAGUCAGUUGAACAACAAUCUAAUAGAAAUUCCAGGGCUCCGUCCAGCUUCCUUGGAACCUUGAACGCCAAACUGGCCCACCAACAGCAGCAAGGUGGUCAAAAUCCAGUUAUUAAUACGGCAAAUCGGUCGGCAAGUGUUAGGCGAAUAAUGGGUAACAGAGUUCCGAUGGUUGAUUUGGAUCCCCUGCAGGUCAGGGAUUCUCUAAUGGAUCAAAUAAGGCGUGGUACUUCCCUACGGAAAACCAGCGGGCCCAUUAACGACUGUUCUGCACCAAAAAUAUACUAGAUUUCUCAUUUGAUCGACUCGCGAAAACGACAAAAUAAAAUAGACAACUAUGAGAACGAUAAUCAAAAUACAUAAUUAAAAUAACAAACAAUUAAUUUAUAUUGUUAAUAAAUAUUUUCUAUCUUUUGUUUUCAAUUUUUUAAUUCAUUUUUUUUUGCGCACAGUCUCGUGUAAUUCUGUUUGGUAUAAUACUGACUAAAAUUAACAUGACCGUUCGAAAAUUCGAAUAAUAACGAGAAAUGAGAUGAAAUUAGCGUACCAAACGAAGAUAUCUAAUCUGAUUAUUUUCUCAUUGCUUUCACUUUGUUAUCAAAUUUCCUUAUUUUUUACUAAUGUGCUUAUCGAUAAGGUGUGUUCUUGCUCCAACUGCCAAUCUUUACAAGCGUUGAUAAUAUAAUCUUAAUAUUCAGCCAUCAUUAAAAUGAAAUGAAAAUAUCAGAUCGUGACAUUUUUCAUUUUAGCUAACCAUACGCGUAAUGAAAAUGUUAAAAUGAUCGUCUGCUCAAAAAUUACGAGCGUUGAAUACGUCCUCCAUGAUUUUUUUUUUUUUUUUCUAAAUGAUUUCGGCUUCUAUGCUGCUAUAAUAUUCAAUGAUUCCAAUUUGAAAUGUAAUAAUUGAAAAAGUAUUGAUAAUGUAAUAUAACUAGAUACAAGAAAGAAAAAAAAAACACAAAAAAACAACAAAAAAACCAUGAAUAAAAAUAAACAUAAAUAAUAAAUAAAUAAAUGUAUAAAACCGAAUAUACACAUUCAUCUUACAGUACUUGAGACAAGGCCGGAAGGUUUAGUAGGUGUUGGGAUAUUUGUAUGUUAUUUUCAUACGUAGAAAAUAAACAAUAAUUUAUUUGAAUUGACAAAUGCCUUAGGUACAAAUAUGUAUAGAAACUUAAUAUCUCUCCGAUUAUAAAAAAAAAAAGAAGAAAACAUGUAAGUAACGAAAAUGGGUUUAUUUACGUUAAUUAUUCUUUAAUUUGAACUAAACAAUUUAUUUUUUUCCAAAAUCUAGCUCUGUAUUCCUUUAUUGAUAGUGUCUCAAAUUUGUUAUAGACUAUAUCGACUAUUUUUUUCAUGAUUACGAUUAUGAUUAGGAUUAUUUGUUCUUUUGAUAAAAGGAUUAAAGAAAAAGUAAGAGAGAAAAACGGACAAUACUAAUCGAUUAGAACGUCUGUAUAUUGUUAUUAAUUGAUAAUAAUAAAACGUGAUAACUGAAACGUCUAGGAUGUUAAACAUGAAAUACGAAAUAAGUCAAAUCGCGUCAUUGUAGUAUAGCUUUGAUCUGAUUGAAUGAUUGUCAAUUGUGAUUUGUUGUUUAUGAAAAUGCGAACAAAUAAUCUCUCAUUAAAAAUGUUCGUUUUCAUGUUAUAUUUUUCUCAUUUAUUUACAUAUGUAUAAAUCACCUCACUGGCACUGGGCAGAAAUGUUAGGGUAUCCCUAUAUCUUGUAACUUCAAAAUCAUUCCUUUCAACUUGUACUAAUUAUCAAGAAGUCUUGUAUGUACACAAUUAACUGAACUUUUGUAUGAAUAAUUUUCUUCUCCGUCAGACAUGUUUGUUACGUUUCCAGAACUUUAUUCGCCCGGAGUAAAUUAGUGAGUUUACACAUAUCGACAGGUCAAUGUAAAUGACCUAGCAUUGUAUUGUUAACAGAGACUAAAGUCAACAAUCUUAAUCACAUUUAAAUCGAUUUUAGUCUUAAAUUUGUUCGCAAACCCCCCCAUGAGAAUAUUGUAUAAUGUGUGAAAGUGAAUAAUAAUCAUUACGUAAGACUGUGCCACUUCAAUGGCUCAUUAUGAUUGAAACUUUGGUUCCCAAAAUUUUAUGUAGCAAUCACCAAUGUAUAAUAUUAAUGUCCGUAGUAGUUAUACACGCAUAAAUAUUGUGUAUUAUAAAUUAUCUGUUACUAUUAAUAAUAAUAAUCAGAACAGUUACGCGUAAUAAUUAAUGUUAGGGUCGAACCAUUUGGUGGAAAUACUUUGGUUUUUUUUUGCCAAAUUGUCUGAUAAAAGCUUCGAAGAAGCGAUUGGAAACGGUUACACAACUUAAAAUACACUUGAUUCGAUUAUACCACGCAAGUUAUUUUGUAUGAUACGGUUUGAUGAAUAGACGAGGACAAGAAAAAAAAAAAACCACCUAACCGAGCACUGUAAAUAUAUUCUGCUACCUUCUAGCUUAACGGUUUGUGGAUUUGAUAAAUAUAUGUAAUCUAUGUAUGCGAAAACAUGGAACUGAAAGGGCAACAAAAGUAAGAAUAGAUGUGUCUUCGUUGCACGGUUGGUUCAUUGCUUUUACUUUCUAUUUAUUUAUUUUCAUUUUAGUUCAUUUCAUCUUCUUACGUUAUAUAUUUUUUUUUUUGUUUUACAAUAAAUUCCUCGCCCUGAUUUAUAGACAUAUAUUAUUUCAGCGAUCAAUCUACAAGAUUUCUAUGAUCAAACUGUAAAGUCUGUCGAUACGUAAGAGACAUGAUAUAUUGAUCUGUUGCAACGUCGUCUGGGUUCAUUUAUAUCAUUUGUAUUAAUUUAUAUUUCUUUUUUGUUCAAGAAAAGCAAUCCUAUGAAAUAAUAAUAACUAUAACGAUAAUAAUUCUAAUUCUAAUAAUAAUAAUAAUAAUAAUAAUAAUAUCUUACUAAUAGUACGUAAGUGACGUAAAAAUAUUUUUCUUUCAUAUACAUUUUUUUCAUCCAAUUAAUAAAAACAAAGAUCGACGAUUAAGAAAUACACGAGAAAAAAAAUAAUUUAAAUAAACUUCGAGAAGAGGAGAAAAUAUAAUCGCUAUUAUUUACUAGGGGUUCCACGAAGCCAAAUGAUGAAAUAUUAUAUCGCAAUUACAGACUGUAAUGUCGAAACAUGAAAUAAAACGAUGAUUAAAAAUUUUUUUGUUCUAAAUUACUGAUUUUUGAGGGAUAGAGAAAAAUUGAAGAAAAUUACUGGUUUAACGAUAAACACCUUUCAAGCACUGUUGCUAUAGGAUUAGGUAUUUUCAAUAUACAUCAUAGGACAUGUACGUCGAUUCGUGGUAAUGAAUUGAUAUUUUAUUUAAAAUUAGUAUCUGAAGAUAAUGAUUGUUAACUUGUAAUAACUAUUAAGGUAUCAGUGGAAAGAUAUGAUGAAAGAAAUCGGGGGGAAACAAAAAAUAAAUGAAUAGGAAUAAAAAAAGAAUAAUAAAUCACUUGACAAGUAAAUUACUAGCUGAUUUGAUUAAAACCAAAUGACUGGAUUAAUCGAUUUUUUGUUUUUAUUUCGACGAAACAGCCCCGAGAGUAAAAUUUAAUACCUCAAUAAUUCUCCCUAAAGAAUCAGACGAUAUUGAGACUCUUUGUUCUGCGUCGGAAUUGAAAGAUUUUCUUUAUUAUUUACAGUUCAUUAUUUCAGAAAUAAAAAAAAUUAUAAUGUAGUAGUAUCAACUUUGAUAUAUCAUGAGUUACUUAUAAACUAACUACGAAAUAUCGUAUAUUGUAACAGCGAUAAACUAAUUACCUUCGUGGCAUUACCGAUUAAAAUUAGAUAUCGGAUAAGACUAAAGUUUGUCUCUUUUUCAUCGUUUUUCUUUUUUUCUUCUUCUCUGUAUAUAGUUUAAAAUGUUGACGUCAACGACAAAAAGAAAUAAAUAAAUACAUUUAAAAAAAAA